UCAGUUUUAUUGUCAAUUAAAAGAGACAAUAACAACAACUUAAAUAAUAAAUCAAUUUAUUUAUUUAUUUCAUUUCCACUGUAAUCAGCCUCUUGCCCCCUUCCCUCCCUCUCUUACUUUUCCAGCUUCUCCUGCCGUCUUUCUUUCGUCUCGUCCCACUCCCACUUUGUUUCCUUUUUCGCCUUUCACUUGUGCAUGGCUCUGUUGCUCACACACACACACAAACACACACACAGCUGCAUAUUUUAUAAUAUUUAUUUACAUUGACGUUGACGUCGCCGUCGCAGUCGCCGCUCAGUUUGCGUCGCAGCCGCGCCCCGCCAUUUGUUUUGUUUACUACGUUCAUUUUCUCUGUUGUUGCUGCCGUUGUUGUUGUUGUUGUUGUUAGUGUCUCUUGUUUGUGUCUUGUCUUUUGCCUUCGAUUUCGUUUCACACACAUAUUUUGUUUUGUUCGCCACUUCCUUGUACUUGUCGCCGUCUCGCUCUCUCUAUCUCACUCACUCUGUGUACACUAGUUUGUAUGUGUGUGUUUGUGUUUUUCCACCCGAUUUUUGUUGUUUAUUUUUACAUCUUCGUCGUCGUUUUACGCGCUCUCUUGUGGGCCACAAAUUCUUGAAAUUCUUUUCUUUAUUUUCGUUUUUUGAACGCCGCACACUUUUCCAGCGGGAAAAACGAGUUUUUCCAGACAGCGGCAGAGCAUGCAUUCUUCUUCUUCUUGCUUGUUUACAGUUAGGAAUGCGGGUGCCUCUUUAAAUUAAAAAAAGAGCAACGAAAACAAAACGCGCGCACUCUCUCUGUCUCAGCAGCCCAUCUCUUUGUGGAUGACAUUAUGCUGUGGGGAAUAUUGUGUGGACUUUGUUUCUUUGAAAAAACUAGACAAUAUAAAAGAAUAAAACAUAUACACAUAAAUAAAUACAACAAUAGUAAUAAAGCAUUAAAUGUACAACAAUUACCAACAACAGCAACCCGCUCACUCUUGCGCUCUUAAUAUACAUAUCUUUAUAAUCUGAUCUCUCUCUCUGUCUGUCUUUUGCUGGUUCUCUCACGACCUGGCGCACAACUUGUUCGCCUUGUAAAAAAUUGAAGGCGCCAUCCACAACAACAAGAAAUCUCAUUGAGUGGCGGCUGCGCUGCUUUGGCCCCAUUAUAAACACACAUUGAUGGCGCUCGGCUCUCGACUCGACUCCGAUUCGGCUCGGCUCGCUUGCUCUCUCUCGCUCUCUUGCUCUGCUGCUGCUGGCGCUGCUGGCUGUUUGCUUGCUGCUCUGAGGCCUCACAUCAUUUUAUGUUUUUCACUUCUGAUUAGUUUUUGUGGCGCUUUGAAACCGGACGUUUCGUUUCGAUUGUGCACGCUUUUCGUUCGCACACAUACAUACAUAUACAAAUUCAAACACACACACACGCAGUAACGCCCCAAGUAUGUGUGUGUGUGCUCUCCUGCUCUCAGUGCGAUUAAAUAAUACUCCACAAAAGGCCAAACAAAUUACAUAAAAAAUAGUCAACAAGAAGGAGUAGCAGAAGAAGAAGAAGCAACAGCAACAGAAAAGUUAUCAUUCUCGUGUUGCAUAAAUUGUUGUGUUUGUGUUUUCGUUUCGUUUUCGUUCGUAGGCAAAAGUACCGUUCAAAAAGAAGUUCCUAAAUACACAUACACACACUCAAAAACAACAACUGCUAUAUAAUCAGAAAAAAAAAAGCAACAACAACAACAAAAGUCGUCAUCGUGUUUUGUUCGUGUUCCUGUUUCGUUCGUUAUUUGUCGUGGAAAAUUUUGCGAAAGCCCAGCAUUAAAAACGUGCGUUCGCCUUAUAAAAUACAUAAUAUUAUUUAACUACUCGUAUUGAAAAUUACAAGUACAAAUAAAAAGUGCGACAUUUGCUGUAAGCAAAUUAAACGAACCAAAUACAUAAAUAAAUUAAAAUUCACACGCACACACAGAGACAAUACAUAUACACACACACAUAGACAAAAUACGCGCGCGCAUCUUCUUCUUCUGCCUAUGUGCCUAUGAUUCGUACAGAGUGCGUAGCCCAUUGGAAUUUGUAUCGUGAAACGCAAUUACAACAUAAAAUACACAAACAGAGAGCGCGCUCUGUGCUCCCAAUUUAAAGCGACAUUAACGGUACACAGCAAAUUCAAUCGCCAAGCAGCGCAGCUAGCGUCGCAGCCACCGCCGCCGUUGUCGUCUCUGCCUCGAGCAGCAGCGCCAACAACACUGAGCAAGAGCAGCAACAACAACAGCAGCAACAAUUGAGCACAGCGACUGUGGACGCAGCAGCAACAACAACAACAGCGGCAACAAUGCCGGCUAUGCCAAAAGAGAAAACAACAACAGCACUGACAUUUCCGGAAUCAUUUAAAAUCGCAAUCGCUUAUGAAGCGAUGGCCACCACAGCGGCGGCAGCGACGCGACUGCAACAUCAGCAGCAUCAACAUCACACGUGCCUCUGUGGCGCUGCAUCGGCAACAACAACACCAGCAACAUCCACAGAGAACAACAAUAAUAAUAAUAACAACAACAGCAGCAGCAGCAGCAACAAUAUCUACAGCAUAAGCAACAAGUAUCUGGCAAACGGCCACAACUCAUCGCCAAUUGCAGAAGCUGUCGCCAGCAACAGUUCGCCAGUCGCCUCAACGCCGCAGCGCAACAGAAUGUCCUGUCGUGAGUCGUCGACGUAUCAACGCCAACAGCAGCAGCAACAACAACAGCAGCAGCAACGGCAGCAGCAGCAAGAACAACAACAGCAGCAACAUCAACAAGCAUCAUCAUCACCGCCAGUAGCAGCCCAUCAACAACAACAGCAACAACAACAGCUACAGCAGCAACAACAGCAACAACAACAGGCUCCUCCGCCGCGAAGGUCGCCUAACGACUUCAUCUUCGGUCGCUACAUUGGCGAGGGCAGUUUCAGCAUGGUCUACUUGGCGGUUGACAUCCACUCGCAUCGCGAGUAUGCAAUCAAAGUGUGCGAGAAGCGUCUGAUCUUGCGAGAGCACAAGCAGGAUUACAUUAAGAGAGAGCGCGAAGUGAUGCACAUGAUGACGAAUGUGCCGGGCUUCGUGAAUCUCUCUUGCACCUUCCAGGAUCCACGCUCCCUCUACUUUGUGAUGACAUACGCCCGCAAGGGCGAUCUCCUGCCCUACAUCAAUCGCGUCGGCAGCUUCGACGCUUCCUGCACUCGCCACUACGCUGCCGAGCUGCUGCUCGCCUGCGAACACAUGCACCGACGCAACGUCGUGCAUCGGGAUCUGAAGCCGGAGAAUAUUCUGCUGGACGAGGAGAUGCAUACAAUGAUAGCGGACUUUGGAUCCGCCAAGGUGAUGACGCCGCGCGAGAGAGUCCAGGCAGCGGCGCAGCUGGCCAGCACUGGAAGUGACGCCACGGCAGCGCAGCGACGUCGCCGCUCUGCCCGCAGCUCGGAUGACGAUGACGAGGACAGCGAAGAGUUGUACGACGACCUGGACGACGAGGAGGGGGAUCAGGAGGUGAUGUUCAACAUUGUCGACGAGGACGAUGACAACGAUGAUGAUGAUGUUGAUCGGUCGGCGGAUCCGGAUGUUCAUUCCGCCCGCAAUCGCUCCCCCCGCAACCGUCGCUUCAACUAUCCACACCGGAGAGCGCGACGUGGCAGCUUCGUCGGCACCGCGCAGUACGUUUCCCCCGAAGUCCUCCAGAAUGGACCGAUCACUCCGGCGGCGGAUCUGUGGGCCUUGGGUUGCAUCGUCUAUCAGAUGAUCUCGGGAUUGCCGCCGUUCCGUGGCAGCAAUGAUUACGUCAUCUUCAAGGAGAUUCUCGGCUGCAGUGUCGACUUUCCCCAGGGAUUCGACAAGGAUGCCGAGGAUCUGGUCAGGCGUCUGCUCAAAAUCGAUCCUCGCGAACGUCUUGGCGCCCAGGACGAGUUCGGCUACUACGAGAGCAUUCGUGCCCAUCCCUUCUUCGCCGGCAUCGACUGGCAGACGCUGCGCCAGCAGACGCCCCCGCCCAUCUACCCCUAUCUGCCCGGCGUCAGUCAGGACAGCCAGGACGACGAGCUGCGCAGCGGCAGCGGCCGAGGCGGCGGCAGCGGCAACGGCGUCAGCUUCAGUCUGCCCAUCAGCGGAGACUUGGAGCCCGGCUUGGACGAGCGUCAGAUAACGCGACUGCUCAGCGCCGAACUUGGCGUCGGCAGCAGCGUCGCUGCCCCCGCCCACAAGCCCUCGACAGCAAAGAACUCCUUUGACUUGAGCGACGCUCAGAAGAUGCAACGUUUGGAGGCACAGAAGACUGACAAGUGGCACGCGUUUGCCGACGAUGAGGUGAUCCUCAAGCGUGGAUUCGUCAACAAGCGGAAGGGAUUGUUUGCCAGGAAGCGGAUGCUGCUUCUUACCACAGGACCACGCCUCAUCUACAUCGAUCCUGUGCAGAUGAUCAAGAAGGGCGAAAUUCCCUGGAGUCCCGAACUCCGUGCGGAAAUUAAGAAUUUCAAGAUCUUCUUUGUGCAUACGCCGAAUCGCACUUAUUAUCUGGACGAUCCCGAAGGCUUUGCCAUACAGUGGGCCGAGGCCAUUGAGAAUAUGUCGAAAUUGUGCUACGGCAAUGCUGCAGCAACAACAACAACAAGUAUCUCAUCAUACUCCUGCUCAAACGGUGGCAGCAACAACAGUUUGGCUGUUAACAAUUCCGUUGCAAAUUCAAAUUCUCCCGCCUCCAACAACAGUUCGCCGAGAGCGCGACGAAAUUCGCCGUCAACGCAACAACAACAACCCGAAACAACAACAACUACAACAACGCAAGCAUCGCGAACAUCACCAACAACAACUCGAGGCAAAAAGACAGCGUCCAACUGAACAACAACAACAACAACAGAUUUUAGAUUUAAAUGCAAAUUAAAUUCUAAUUUAGUUGAAAUUUAGUGCAAAACAACAGCAAAAACAGCAACAACAAAAACAAUGUAGAGAUAUUAAGUUAUAGAAAUUGCAAGAUAGAUAAUAGAAGAAAUGUGUGUUUAGUGCUAAUUAAUUAACUACAUUAAUUAAUUAAUUAAUUCAUUCAUUUGUUUGUUUCUGUCAAAUUCAUAAUUAUUUCUGGUGUGUCUCGUUUUUUGAUUUGUUAGUUGUCCAAAUUAAGCUAAAUACACAACUAAAUACAUUAAAUAAACGUAUAAAAUAUUAUAUAUACAUUAAAAGUACGCAUAAGAUACACACACAUAUAUAUGCAUAAAGAUUAACUAAAUUAAAUUUAAACUUAAGUAAAUUAAAUUAUUACAACACACAUACACAUAUUUAUAUAAUAAUUUGUUGAAUAUACCCCACUGUACGAAAGGCAGGCAGGCAGUCAGGCUGCUUCCCCACAGAUGGCGCCACAUUGUAUACAUAGUUUAACUAAUUUUUUUAGCGCGUAGUUAGUCACAAUUUAAAUAAAUUACAAUAUACAUAUAAAUAUAUAUCAAUAUAUAUAUAUAUAUAUAUUUAUUAUAUAGCAGAAGCUAAUGCUAAGGCGCCAUCUGGCGGAUACAACUGUACUGGGGUGCUAUAAAACAUUCUAGGCUUAAGUGAAAAACUAAAUUCAAUUGUAUUCAAUGAAACAAUGAAGAAGAAGAGCGUAACUAGCAAAUUAUGUAUGUAAAACUGUAUAGCUGUAAAAUAUAUAUACAUAUAUAGUAAUUAUAUAUAUAUUCUAUAUAUAUAUAUAUAUGGGAGUGUGUUUGUCAUGUCACCUAAAUUGUAAAUUGUAACUAUGUAAAUCGAUUACAUACUUAUAUAUAAAUUGUAUAUUAGCAAUAUGCGCACGUCUAAGCAAAAUGCCUAAAAAAAUCUAAAAAUCUAAAAAAAAUGAAAAAAAAUAAGAAGAAGAGAUAGAGAGUAGUUUAGCAGAAGAAUUGAAGGCGGAUAAAAGUCUUGGGGCCGCCAGAUGGCGCCAGCUUCUGUAGCUCGCUCAACUUUCUAGUAAGAAUUUUUGUAUGCUAAUUUUUUGAUUUUUACAAUUAAUUUAUAAUGCUUUUUUGCCCUAUAAAGAAACGUAUAAGACUUUGAGAAACUAUUUAAAAGCAGAUAAAGAAACAAAAACAAAACCUAAAAAAAAUAUUUAAAUAUAUACAACAACAAAAAACAAAGAAAUAAACAAAUUAACAAAAUGGAAAAUUAAUACAAAUUGCAUAUACAAAAGUGAAAAAUAUCUGAAAAACGAGCUGGGAAAAAACUAGAGAGAAAAGUGAGAAAAUUUAGUUAAAAUUAUAUUUGGCUUUGGUUGUUUUUGUGCUCGUUCUCAACAAAAACGAUGAUAAAGAUAAAUAAUGUAUUUGUAUUUGUAUUGGUAUGUUUCUAAACAUUUGUUGUAAUAUAAUUAGAUUUUUUGUUUUUUGUAAACUUUUUUUUUUGCAUUUCGCAUAAGAUUUUGGUAGAAAGAAAAAAAGAAGGAGAGGAGAGGUUAGCUUGAAAAGUUAUAAUGCAAAACAGGUAUAAAAUUGAAUUUUAACUAAAUUAAAACCACAAGAAAACAAAAACAAAACUAAACAAAGAUAAACAUAAUGAUAAUGAUUAUUGUAAUAUUAAUAAUAUAUACGAUAUGUUCGGCAUUUGGUUCGUUCAUGUAAAUGGAAAAAAGUUUCUAAAACUCGCGCGUAUUAGUUCAAUUGUAAAGCUUAAGUUACGCCUAGACCACGCCCCAAAUCACACACACACACAUACACAUACACACACACCUACACACUCACCCUCCUUAGUGUUAAGCAGU